AUGGCAGCUUCCAUUUGGAGGUGCUCAUUUACCAGAGCAAAAGCUAGAUGGCUCCACCAAAGGUGCUUAUCCCUUUAUAACAGCAGCCAUGGUUUUGAUGAGACAAAAAUUAAGGAGAAACUUGCACAAUUCUCAGGGGGCUAUGUAGACCUCCGUAAAGGUGAAAAUGGUAUUGCAGAACUCUGUAUAAAUAAUCCAAGUCGAAUGAAUGCGUUCACAGGAACAAUGAUGAUACAGUUAGAAGAACGAAUAAGUGAACUGGAAAGUUGGCAGGAUGGGAAAGGACUCAUUGUGUACGGCGCAGGGAAUAACUUCUGUACUGGUUCUGAUUUGAACGCUGUCAAAGCAAUUUCCAGCCCACAGGCAAGAAUCAUGAUGUGUAUGUUAAUGCAGAACACGCUGACAAGAAUGCAGAGAUUACCAUUGAUAAGUGUUGCAUUAAUCCAAGGAAAGGCCAUGGGUGGAGGAUCAGAGCUGUGCACUGCCUGUGAUUUCAGGCUAAUGGCUCCAGGCAGUGAGAUUAGAUUUGUUCAUAAACAGAUGGGACUAGUUCCAGGAUGGGGUGGAGCAGCCAGGUUAAUUCAUCUGAUUGGAAGCAGACAUACUUUGAAACUACUUUCUGGCACUCUAAGAGUUGAUCCUGAAUAUGCAUUAAGAAUUGGACUUGCAGAUGAUAUUUUAAAUUAUGGCGAUGAUAGAUCACUAGAGGAAACCCAGAAAUGGAUGCAGACAUACACCAAAGGUUCACCACUCAUAAACAGAGCUGUGAAAAAAGUUAUUCUGUCCGGUAGAGAGAAGAAUCUUGAAGAUGCUUUAAGGACAGAGAAGGAGAUCUUUGGGACAGUGUGGGGUGGCCCUGAUAAUGUUCAAGCCUUGUCAAAGGGAACUAAACAUAAAUAAAUGUUAGAUUCUUUACAUUAAUGCUGUCCAACCUUUUUAUAAGGUAGGCCUCCAGCCUGACAGAACUCUCUCUCCUUAUAGUAGUACUCUUUACACAGAAAUUUUGCUUGUCAAAUAAAUGCAUUUAGAAUGGUGUUUGUAAUUCAUAAAAUGUAAUGUAUGGUAUUUUUAAACAAUUAAAAAAUUAAGAAAUCACUUUAUAAAAAAAAUUACAUGCUAAUUUCACAUUUAGAAAAUAAAAAGUGUAAAUAUAAAUAUGCAUUUAAUGUUGACAAAAGAUUUUGGUGAUGGCUCUCCAAGUUUUGUGUAUGUGCUAGGCAGAUGUAAAUGUGAAAUCGUAGCACUUGGGACAUAGAAAAUGUAUCUACAGGAAUACCUGAAAUGCAAAACAUAAGUGAAACGCAUAUAUUUUUUAUCCCUCCCUUCUCCUUUUUUCCCCUCCCGUUCCUCCUCCCGUUGCGGGCUCCAUAUGCGCUCUGAGGAUGUUAAAUCCUCCAAUAAAAGGCUUCUCCCUGAAGAGUCUCCUGCCACGGUUUUUCCAUUUAAUGUUACAUAGUUACAUGUUAAACCAUUUUCAUACAGUUAGGAUCCCUGGUCAUCCAUAAAUUAGCUCCACCGGGAUG